UAUUAAUAAUAUAUUUUUUUUAUUAUUAUUGUUCGUACUAUUUUUCAGUGCAUCAACUAUUUUCUGCAUAGGGAGGAUCUUGCGCGGAUUCUUCCGCGAAGAUGUCGAAUUCUAGGCUUGUUUCCGAUGCCCUGAGACCGGCGGCGGCGGCGGGGAAGGCGCCGGAGAAAUCGAAUUUCCUGCAGACUUGUAACCUAUUGAGUCGGUAUAUUAAGGAGAAAGGUAGUCUUAGGGAUUUGAAUCUUGAAAUUGGGGGAAAAGUGGAGAGCCUCGAUGCUAUUGUGAAGCCUGGAUCAUCUCUUUCUGCAACUAUAAACUCCAACACCUCACCAAGGAAUCCUGGAAAAUUAGCUAAACAAACCUCUCCUGACGAACAGCCUCCAUCCUUGGAUCCAUCUCAGCCAGUCUCCAGACCUAAUUCAACUCCUAUUAUUCUAGUAGAUGAUGAUUCCUCAACAGAAACCAGCACAAGGUUCAAGGAGGCGACAACAAUUGAGCUCAAACAUCCACAACUGACAAUAUUCUACUCGGGAAGCGUUUUGGUUUUUGAUGAUUAUCCUGCGGACAAGGCCAGAGAACUCGUCUCCAUCGCCAAAAAGAACAGCUCACAAAUGUCCUAUGGCAUUCUCGCCAAUACCCCUCAUUUAGAAAAGCCCAAUCCACCCAAACCCGCCCCCCGGGAAGGGCUGCCGCCGCGUCCCCAUUCUGGCAGCUCCAAGCUACCUCAUGUAGCCAUUUUGUCUCACCCUUGUAAGGAGAAAUUAAAUCCUACCAGCGCAAGGGAAGGGCUUCCACCACGGCCUCAACCUCCUGGUGGUAAGCAGCCUACAGAGAAAGCCAAGACCACCGCCGUUUGGGCUCCGGCGGCGGCGGCGUCGAGCUCCAAAGCAGUGGAGGAACAGGCUUCAUCUGCACAGUCUGAGGCUAGUGGAUCAGAUUUACCUAUUGCACGAAGGUCAUCUCUGCACAGGUUUCUUGAGAAGAGGAAGGAUAGGGCUGCUGCAAGGGGGCCUUACCAUAAUCCAGAACAGGGUGUUGCUGGUUCUUCAUCGAAAGGGGAUGAACACCUUGACCUCACUUUAUAGCCAUUAUUAUGCUUAAAUGAAAUUAGGGUUUCAGUAAUUCCUAUCUCUUACUAAUGUGAUACUAUUUUCUUGUAUUAUAUUGUAACCUUCAUUUUAUAAUACUAUGAUUUAGUAGUCUAUAUUUGGACUUGUAUUUUGCGCGAGUGUGUAAUCAAUUUGGUUAGUUCAAUUCAAGUUGAAUUUCAAAAUUAAA